AUGUCGCCCGCCAGCCAUUCGGCGUCGCCGUUUGGCUACUACAACAGUGGCAGCAACAGCGUCGGGCCCUACGCAUCAUCAGCCUCCAGCCCGAUGGUCACUGCAGCGUCUGUCGCCGCGCUCGCUGCGACUGGCGGCUCCUCCAACAGCAGCAACAGCAGCAGCAGCAACAAUGCCAAUUCUGCCGAAGCAAGCGAUUUUGUCCUGGAUUCACACAAAAUCCACCCCUGCGUCAAUGGCCACGAGUGUCGCAAGGUCUACUGGGCGUGCUCGGGCUAUCACGGCGAACGCGACCGUCGCCGAGACUGGAACAAGUUCCAUUACCUGACCGAUCUGUGCCCUCGCGUCGAGCGCGAAGGCACUUGUCCAGACCGUGAUGCAUGCAAGUACUGUCACAACAUGUAUGAGCAGUUGUACCACCCGCAUCUGUACAAGUUCCGCUUUUGCAAGGAAUACCCAGUGCCUGGAUACUGCGCUCGCCGCAACUUUUGCGCAUUCGCCCACUCGGACGACGAGGUCCGCACAAAGUUACUCAAGGAAGAUAACUUUGCGGAUCGCCGAGAUUUUUUCAUGUAUGCCUACAAGACCUCGCUAUGCCCGCUGGUUCGCAAGCACGAGUGGUCUGCCUGUCACUAUGCCCACACUCCCAACGACCGCCGUCGUGACCCCCGGGAGAAGCAGUAUUCGCCUGAAUUGUGCACGCAAUGGGAGGCGAAGGGCGUGUGCGAGCGUGGCGACGAGUGCCCCUUUGCGCACGGCCUCAAGGAGCAACUUUACCACACGCUGCGUUACAAGACAGAGCUGUGCUCAGAGUAUGUCGCGCGCAAAGGUGACUCUUCAUGCCCUCGUGGCCAUUUGUGCGCGUACUAUCACGAGCCCUCGGAACGGCGCCAGCCUUCCAAUCCUCGCUCGCUCCCGGCGUUGCUUGCACCGACAUCUGGCGCCACGGCCGCUGCAGCCAUCCCACCCACCACUGUCACGUCGAUUGUCCCGAAUCACCACCAUCACCACUUUGCCGGCAGCCAACCAGUUGCUGGCGCUCCAGGUGCUGUUUCGAUUCUUUUACAAGCUGCUGCUGCUGCUGCUGCUUCCGGCAACUUGCAGCCUGGCUUGCUUCCGGCGCCAGACGCGGAUGCCACGCUGGACGGCCGUCGCGUGGAUCGGAAGGAGCGCAAGCGUGACAAGAAGACGAAAAAGCGACUGCCUGAAGAUGAGGCUGGUUUGGGCGGCAUGUAUUCCUCCAUGCACGCCAUGUCUGGGAAGCAGGCACCGCUGCCAAACCAGUACUCCGUCGGUCCCGCUGGCGACGAGUUGUCCCAAUUGGGCGAGUACGAUGCCAGCGGUGUCGUGGAAGGCCUGCUUGACGACAACGACGACGAAGAAACCGACUAUUUCGACGACUCGUUCAGCCGCUCGCGCUCGAGCUCGGAAAGGGGCCUGCCUGGCGUGCCGGCGACAGUUGUGGACGCGUUUGGCGCGUCCGCCAGCCAUAUGGAUCGCCGACGCUCGCUCGACCCAAACUUUUUCUCGUCGCUCGUUGUUGGCGCGCCUGUAGCAUCGCAGUCCCUUUUCUCCACCGCAACCUCGUCCGCCCGAUUGCCCACUCCAACCCAUGCCCAUCAGCAGCCGCUGGCCCCGCAGAGCUUUGUUGGCGGCCGCCAUCAGCGACUCCCUUCCCAGCCCGAGGAGCAGCCGUCUUCCCUCGGCUUUGGCGAAGUGCCGUCGUCGCUUGAUCUGCGUGUUGGCGAGCUGGCGACAAUGUCGCUUCUUGUCCAGUCGGAAAUGGACCGUCUCCAGGCUGUUCGCGACCUUGCACUCACGACCAACUGCAGCGCUUUGGUCGUGUGCUGCCGAGACGCGCGCCAAGUGAACGUUCUGCAGUCGGCCGUGAUGGACGCGUUUGCUGUCGCUGGUAGCCGACGUGCCGCCGUCUUUCACGCGCACGAGCUCAACACGCCAACGGAUUGCAAAGAGCAAAUGGACGCCUUCCAACGCGCUGUCGACGCCAUUUCGACUGGUGCCUCUUCGACCAUGGCUGUCUUUGUGACCAGCGUCAACUUUCCCCGCACCCUGGCGACCAUUCCGUUGCUCUUGGUCAGUUUCGAGCAUCCGUUUGGCAUGGAGCACUUGUUUGGCCCGCCCGGCCUCCUUCCGCGUACAGACGGCGGUCGGCAUGCUGUUCUUGUCCACGUGUUGGUGUCUGACAUUGCCACGGAGCUGGUUCUCGGCGAUGGCCGCGCAAACGGCAACGGAACGGUCGAGUUUGACGCUCUGCCCACGGCUUUGGCCUCGCUGUUCCCAUCGUUCGACACGACGUCGUCGUCGUCGUCGUCGUCUGGCUCUAGCGUCUCCGGCGCUGCUGGAACAAUCGCAACAGUUCCGCUCCUCGGUGUUUCGACCGUUCGCGAGCAGGUCCGACGCUUGAGUUCGCGGGUGGCGGAACCCGGUACGCACGCGACCGUCGUGCUCCGCUCGACCCGAGCUGCUCACAACGCCCCGCCGCUCCAGCAGCUGUCCUCUGCUCAGCUGCACCUGCGCAGCAAACUUGCUCUGCUCGACCCGUUGGACGUGACGCUCGACUUGAAGCGUGUUGCUGUGGCAUCGCUCGGUGCUGGCGGCUUGCUGGGUGUCGACUUUGGCGCCACGCUUGCCAACCAGUCGGAUGUGAAUGGUGCAUGUGUUUUGGCUGGCUGGCUUGACACACAACCUCAGUUGGCCGAGUCUGGCGCCGGCGAUUCGGCACCUUCAUGGCAACCCUGCUCGGUUCUCGUCCGUUCGCACCUCUCUCCCGCUCAAGCAGGCCAACAGCUGCGUCUGCUGCAUGCGUUGCGACGGGCCGACCGCCAGUUCAGUCUGCAGGCCGCUGCCGCCGUGCGUAUUCAGUACGAGUCUCGCCUCACCCCGCGCGAGUCGGAUCCGCAGCAAGGCGCCGUUCUUGCGGUCGGUCCUUCGUCGUGGGCCACCCUGGCAGAUGUCCUUUGCGGCAACGCCGACGCGCUGAUUUGGCCCAAUGCUGCGGCGCUCGUGACGGCGACGGUCGCGGCAGUCUCGAACGCGGGCUUGCAGGCACUGCAGAAUGACGCGCUCGCCCUCAAGCCUGCCGUGGCGUGCGCGCUUUGUCGCUCUCCCUUCCGUCAGCUGGACGGCAACUCGCGACCUGCGCGACUGGCCGACUUAACCCGUGGCUGCACACACGUCUUCCACCUGGACUGUCUGGCGCGUGCGACCGAGGCCGACCCCGCGUUCCAAUGCUUUUGCGAGCGUCUGUGGCAACCGAGCGUCCAGCCUGUCGUGGAUGCACUGAUCCUCUCUACUCAUGCUGGCUCUGGCGCCGCUGCCGCUUCCGUGCCCGGGGGAAGCGUGGACUUUGCCGCCACGGCUCUCGGCGUUUCGUUCGCCAAGGACAUUGUUCGCCGGCUCUUGCAUCUGGUCGAUUCGCUCAACGCUGAAUCUCACGCCUCGUUGCUUGGACAGCUGCCAGCAUCCCGUGUGCUGUUCACCGCAGCUGGAAGCGCCGAUUCUGCCGUUCUCGGCCGGCCGUGGUUUGACCUGACGAGCGCCACGUUUAGUGAUGACUUUUCAGCCGAAGGACGUAUCAUGGCCGAGGCCAGCGACGUUUCGGCUGCUGGGUGGAUUGCGGCAGCCGUCUUGGCUCGCGAUGCCUCCUUGGCCAACAGCACAGGCCAGCAUCCGACGUUGAUGGCGCAGAAGCGUGUCAAAGCUGGACACCUCGCCCAAGCGCUGCUUCGUUCUCGAGAGCUUGCGGCAGUUGAUUUCCUCGAGCAGCUUUUGCCCAGCGUCGCAGUGUGCUCUGUCGCGCAAGCGCAGGCCCAUCCGUUCCUGUGGACUGCCUCAACCACGCUUGCCUUUUUGGACGCGCUGGCGACGUUCGCCAUGGUGCAUACUGCAGCCCUGCAGCGCGAGAUUGGACGAUACAACACGCACCACCAUCUGCACCACCACCACGCGCUGAACGCCUCUCACCACCCCCGCGUGCGGGCAAUGGGUGCUUCCCCUGCAGCAUUCAUGCUCGAGUCUCUCCAACUCUCGGUGUCGAGCAGCAGUCCCUCCGGAGAUUGGCGCGAUUUGAUCGACCGCUCGCUGCUCAGAUGGCUCGAAGCCACUGGAGGCGCUGGCAGCCCAAACGGCUCUGGUGCCCACCACGAAGGACACGGUUUCCCGGAUUCGUCCAUUCUCGAUUUGCUCGUUUCCAUCCGACUCAUUCGUCGCGAUUUGGUGGACGUUGUGGCGCUUCUGGAAAGCCCGACUCCCUCGCGAAACGGCGCAACCACCGCAAAGCACGGCGGCGCAGGUGCUGCAAGUAGCACUGGCAAUGCUCCUGGAGAGCUGCAGCCGGUGCCGACCGAUGCCUGGCUGUGCCAACAAAUCCAGGCCUGGUUCCCGCGGCUCGUCAUGGACGGCUGCAAGCUGGUCCUCCGAAACGCUGACGCCGUUGUUCACUUCCACUCGCUGCCCGAGCUGGCGCACGUUUCCCGCUUCUUUGAGCGUGGCUGCUGGACGACCGCGGCCAUUGGCGAGACGUUUGCCGCGUCGUCAGCGUUUGACAGCUCUGCGUUGCACCGUAGCACUUCGCGAGGCUCGGUGCGUUCUGCCUUGGACGCGUUUUCGCCCACUGCCGCUGGAUCAGCAGUUGGCGCAGCGAUUGGCGUGCCCAGCCCUGCCCCAAUCGGCGGUAUGUCCUAUGCCAGCUCUGUGAUUGGAGGAACUCGGCAAAAGUAG